AAAUCAAACACGUCAACCCGGAAAAACCUGGUCGUGGUUUCUGAUCAAACAAGUUGAGAGUGACUGAGUUAGUGCCAUUGAGACUGCGCUGCCAGAAUGACUGAAGAAUUGUAUUCCGACGAAAAUAAGAGAUAUUCCUCUGACAGCUCGGAUUCAACUUGUAUAUUUUGCUUGAUCGCACGAGGCGAACAUCCAUGCACUCACAUAUUGGUUGAUGAUAAGGACAUUGUUUGUUUCCAGGACAUAAAUCCAGGUGCACCUCAUCACUACUUGGUUGUACCCAGGGAACAUAUCCAUAGUUGUUUAUCAAUCAAAGUGGAUGAUAUCAGUCUUGUGAGAAGGAUGGCAGAGAUAGGAAAAGCUGCAUUGAAAGCCAAGAAUGUCACAGAUUUUGAAGACAUCAGGGUUCCAUGUGCCACCAUAUAUCACCGUCCCUCACCUGCACCUGCAUGUUCUUGCACCUUUCAGUCAACUGCAUAUAGAGACAAGGUUCAAGUAUACAGACUACUGGUACCUCACUGUGGAAAAGUUCCUGAAAAAAUUGGAUGAACAGGAAAAGAUUGAAGAUGGUUGUCUUACAACUGACAAUUUCUAUUUAUAACUGAUUUAUAACUUUAUAUUAAUAUAUUAGUACUAAUACUAAUUUAAACAGGUGGAAAUGUUGAUUUACAGUAUGUGCAGUUGUUGUCAAACCAAUGUAUGUUUAUGUUUGAAUGAUCUGAUUAAAAUCAGCUAACAUCCCCAUGAUGCUAACAAAAGGCCUACUUUUGAUUUGUGCAAAAAAUGCAUUUUUGUCUGAACAGUUACAUUAAAUGUGCAAAUUUAUAUUAAAGUUAGAAGGCAAAACCCACCUCCUUGCUUAUGCUUUUAUCCAUUGAAUCUGUUCUUCUUAGCUGAGAAAACAGUGCUUCAUUUUAACACAGCUGAAAAUUAUUUCAUCCUUUCAUCACCCUCAUGUCACAAAAUGGUUCACAAAAGGAGAUGCUGCUCUUUUCCAUAUGACAAAAGCAUGCAGUUCCUUAAGUUAUUCAAAAAUAUUUAAUAUUUGGUUGACAGAGGAUUAAUUGCAUUUCUUCACUUAAUCACAUUCCUGUGCUUAAACAAACAAACAAAAAACUGACAUUCUAAUACAUUUCUCUGUGAGCUUAAAUCAUCAACAUUAACACUGCAAAUCUCCACAAUCCCUACGCUAAGUGAGCUCAAGGUAUUCUCUUUGAAGUGACCUAAUACAAGAUUGGACAUUCAUAGUUCAGGGUCCAGGUGAACAUGACAAAAAAAGAAAGAAGCUAUUGUGAAAUCAGUGAGAAGGCCUAUAAUGCACCUGUUGUAACAUGGCAGUGCAUUAACAUGGGCUACUGCCUGCUGUUUUUAGCUAUUGCAAAAAAGAUGACUUCAUGUAAACAUCCUAUUUAGAUCACGUUAGUGGCAUGUAUAGUAUUUUGAAGGAACAAAAUACUGGGGUACCUCAGGGAUCAGUGCUUGGGCCACUUCUCUUCUCCAUAUACACAACAUCACUGGGACCCAUCAUCCAGUCACAUGGUUUCUCUUACCACUGCUACGCUGAUGACACGCAACUCUACUUGUCUUUCCAGCCCAACGACACCACAGUGACCGUUCGAAUCGCUGCCUGUCUGGCAGACAUCUCGGCCUGGAUGAAGGAACACCACCUUCAACUCAACCCUGCCAAGACCGAACUCCUUGUCUUUCCAGCCAACCCGGCUGUUGAACACAACAUCACCGUGCAGCUGGGUCCAACUACAGUUUCGCCUUCCAAAACGGUCAGAAAUCUAGGGGUAACCAUUGAUGAUGAGCUAAAUUUCACAGACCACAUUUCAAAAACUGCAAGAUCUUGUAGAUUUACACUCUACAAUAUCAGGAAGAUAAGACCCUUCCUCUCUGUACAUGCCACACAACUGCUCGUUCAGUCCCUUGUCAUAACUAGACUGGACUACUGUAACGCUCUCAUUGCAGGCCUUCCUGCAUGAGCUAUUAGACCUCUCCAAAUGAUCCAGAAUGCAGCAGCACGCUGGUCUUGAUGAACCUAAGAGAGCACAUGUUACACCACUCUUUGUCUCUCUCCACUGGCUGCCGGUUCAUGCCCGUUUUAAAUUCAAGGCCCUGAUGCUGGCAUAUAAAACAGUCACUGGGUCUGCUCCAGCAUACCUAAAAACAUUUAUGCAGAGCUACGUUCCCACCAGAAGCCUGCGGUUGGCUAAGGAACGUCGCCUUGUCGUACCAAAACAAAGAGGCACCAAAACACUUUCCCGGACUUUCAGUUUCAUCAUACCACGGUGGUGGAAUGACCUUCCCAACUCAAUCCGGGAAGCUAACUCACUCUCUAUCUUCAAAAAACGGCUAAAAACACAUCUUUUCCAAAAGCAAAGCUGAAUUAGCUCUGUAUGUAAGAAUGGUCCAAAAUUUCUUUAGAAAGUUGUGCAGGUCUGAUCCACAGCUACUGAAAAUGCUUGGCUGAAGAUAAUGUUGUCAAAGGAUGAUCAACAAGUUAUUAAAUCCAAAGAUUAAUUACAAUUUUCAACAGCACUAUGAAUGUUUAAUGGGAUGUGUUCAAUAAAGACAUUUA